UUGCUGGACAACAUAACAUUCAACACGUGAAAUCACAGUCAAACAAAAAACACAACAUUUCACAAUGGGCUUACCACAACAACCCGCGGAUGGCGCGCCCACGACCAGCAGCGUCCCCACUUCAGCCAGCGAACUUCCUCCUGCUGCUCUCGAGCUAGCAGGCAAAUUAUUUGACUUUGCACGACAAGGCAAGACGGAUGAGUUGGCACAAUAUGUCAGCGCUGGCAUUCCGCCAAACCUCACAAAUUCCAAGGGCGAUACCCUGCUCAUGCUAGCAGCUUACCAUGGACAAGCCGAGACAACAAAGAUGCUGCUAGACAAGGGUGCGGACCCGAAUGUGUUGAACGACCGAGGUCAGAGUCCCAUCGCCGGUGCCGUGUUCAAGGGUUCGGAUGAUGUUGUCAAGCUACUCUUCGAAAGGAAGGCGGAUGUAUAUGCAGGACAACCCAAUGCUGUGGACAGCGCGCACAUGUUCCGGAAAGAGGACUAUCUCACACUUUUUGGCGUGGAACAGCAACAAUAAAUGCUCAACGAGCUCACAAGCCUUUCAUGCGGACUGUGAUUGCAGGAGCUGAACGUGAAAGCCGAGGAACCGUUUAAGCCGCUGCUUUCGAUAUCGACCAGAGACUCCAAGCAGGAUUCGCUUCUAUCAAGCUGUGGAGUCCGCAAUGAACGUUAUCUUCGAGAUGGCUGGCAUGUGUGCAGUGAGACGUGGACGAACCAGAGCGAAGGUAGCAUGUGCAUGGGAGACAUGGAGGAUUCACAAGGCGCUAUCUAUCAACGCCUGCAGCGGCAUCCCACAGCACCAAUGCUCAUCAGUACACUGUACUACACACUUCACUCGGUCUUGCACGAGCAAGCUCAGCAAUCACAAGCAAUAUCAUACCAGUGAAGCCUAAUAAUACUCACUUUU